AAAGGCAUUCCCUUCUCUUCCAGCACCAGCACUCCAGCUGCAAUGAACUGCUUUGCAUUUUCUCCCAGGACUCUGCAGGGGAGUCAUCGGAAUACUCUGCAUUCAAACUCAAUCUCGUGCUUACAGAGGAAGCAAGAUGCAGCCGAGAGCUGAAGAAUUCUGAUCUAAACCUGGCUCAAAUCUUUCACCUCAUUUUUACAGAACACGGAGGCAAAACAGACCUAGGCUGUCUUGAAAAAGUUGUCUGGACAGCAGUCUCGACCGGAUUGAGAUGGACACCACCUUGUGGACAUUAAAGGUGUUACUGCUAUCUCUGUUUACUGCAGGACAUUGUGCAAAAAGCAAGUUAGGGAGUCAAAGUGGAACUUCAAUAAGACUUGCUCGGUCUACAGACUAUGCGGAAAAUAAUGAUGGAAAAAAGUGUGGCUAUACAUUCUUGGUACCCCAACAGAAAAUCACUGGGCCAAUAUGUGUCAGCACCAAAGGACCUGGGGCAAAUAAAGACCAGGUGACAAGAAUGGACUUGGAAAACGUUAAAGACUCGCUAACUAAGCAGAGGCGAGAGAUGGAGAUGCUACAAGUUCUAGUGGAUGUUGAUGGGAAUAUUGUUAGUGAGGUGAAGUUACUGAGAAAAGAGAGCCGUAACAUGAACUCGCGCGUGACACAGCUUUAUAUGCAGCUCUUACAUGAGAUUAUACGUAAAAGAGAUAAUUCUCUAGAAAUUGCUCAGCUAGAAAACAGGAUCCUUAAUGUAACAGCUGAGAUGCUUCGAGCAGCCACGCGAUACAAAGAACUGGAAGUAAAAUAUGCCUCCCUCGUCGAUUUGGUCAACAACCAGUCAGCCAUAAUAACACUUUUGGAAGAACAGUGCAUGAGUGUCUUUUCCAGAAGGGAUAGCCAGGGGUCACCACCUCUGGUACAGGUGGUGCCACAACACAUCCCAAACAGUAAACCGUACACACCUGGACUAGCAGGUGGUAAUGAGAUUCAGAGGGACACGGGAUACCCAAGGGCCAGGGACAGCCGGCAGCCACCGCAAGCUCCAGUGCCAACAGUCAGUCCAUUUCGUGUGCCUCCAGUGACCGUGAUCAAUGAAGGCCCAUUCAAAGACUGUAAACAUGCCAGAGAAUCGGGAUUUACCAGCAGUGGUAUUUACUUGAUAAAGCCCACCAAUGCCAAUAGUCCCAUGCAGCUAUGGUGUGAGAACAAUCUGGACCCUGGAGGCUGGGCGGUGAUACAGAGAAGAAUUGAUGGAUCUGCUAACUUUUUCAGGAACUGGGAGACGUACAAGAAAGGCUUUGGAAACAUUGAUUCGGAGUAUUGGCUGGGAUUAGAGAACAUCUAUCAGCUGUCAAACCAGGAUAACUAUAAACUGCUGAUUGAACUGGAAGACUGGAACAAUAAGAAGGUCUAUGCUGAAUAUAGCAGCUUCCGUCUAGAGCCAGAGACCGACUUCUACAGGCUUCGACUGGGGACAUAUCAGGGCAAUGCUGGAGACUCCAUGGUUUGGCACAAUGGCAAGCAGUUUACAACACUGGACAGAGACCGGGACAUGUAUACAGGAAACUGCGCUCAUUUCCAUAAAGGUGGAUGGUGGUAUAACGCUUGUGCACAUGCCAAUCUAAAUGGCGUUUGGUACAGAGGAGGAGUAUACCGUAGCAAGCAUCAAGAUGGCAUCUAUUGGGCAGAAUAUCGGGGAGGUUCCUAUUCACUUAAAAAGGUCCAGAUGAUGAUAAGACCAAUUGACUGAAACACAAAGAGGGACAAUCUUGGACAGUGAACAAAAAAAAAAAUCAUUUUAUAUAUUCUUUAUUUGAAGACUUAUUGUAUUUUUAUGAAGUUGUACAUGGCUUCACUUGGGAUAUCGUCAUUAAGAAAAAGAACUAAGAGGAACGCUGGGCAUCCCUCCAUGUAAAAGGUUACUAUGAGAUAAAAUGUAUGUAUUUUUGCUAAAUAUUUUAUGGAACUUCUGUAAGAAAUAACAAAUGACAUGGCUUUUCAUUUGCCAACAGCAAUAAUUUGUGAGAAAAAUCUAUUCUGAAAGCGAUACAAUAAGGAAAAAGAUGUGCAGUCACGUCUGUAUACCAAUACUUGUUAAAAAGGAAGUGAACUUCCUCUGCUGACAUUUACCUAUAGGUAAGCCUAUAAUAAAUGUUUAGGAGACAUUUA